GUGUGGUCCCCCCUUCAGGGUCUAAUGAUUCAUUCUUUGUUUGUUCGAUUCCGUAGAAACGUGAAAAAUGUCUGACGAGUCUUCAAAAGCGCGAACCAGAUAUUUCCAACAGAUGACGACGGAGACAAUGAAGACAACAGAAACGGUCAGCAGCAAAAUUGUGAAACAAACAUUAACUCUGGGAUCUGGAAGUCCUCCUGAAUCUUCAGUGGCUUCAAACAGAGCGACGUUCGGCACAAGUUCAAAAUCCCAAAGAUCGGCUGGCUAUCAACCAGUGUAUGAUCGCACAAGGAUAGCUUGUAGAAAUGACAUGUUUGUCAGAAAUUCUCCGUUGAAUCGAUCUCUACAAGAUCCGCUCCCGUCGUCCAGCGGCAACGGCAGAAAUCAAUUAGUUCCGGCUCUUAGUAGAACAGACAUAUUUGAAAGCGCUCGAGAAACACCCCGUCUCAGUUGGUUGAAACCAACCGCAUCUUCCACCAGUACCUCUUAUUUUCAAGAUGCAAAAGGUUAUGGAUCAGCCAAAUUCGCUCAAAUUCCAAGGUUCAUCACUUCGCAGCAGGAACGGUACAACCUUAGCAAACCAGCCUACGUCUUGAUAUUCCACCAUACAUUCAAAAAGGACAAAGCUCUCUUCAGGAAAGGCAGUGAAUAUGACCUCAUGCUGAUCAAAACAUUUUUCAAAGGCUAUAACGCGAAAAUAGCGGACAUUUGCGAAGACUUCACCGUGAGGAAAGUAGGCAACAGAAUGAACAUAGUUCGACAGAAAAAAUUUCAUAAAUACUCCUGUUUAAUCGUCAUUAUUAUGAGCCACGGAAAAGCUAACGAUCAGAUUUUAGCUGUCGACGGUUGUUACCAGCUGGAUAGCGCCAUUGUGGAGCCUACAUUAAUGAAUGAUUCAUUAAAGGGAAAGCCGAAAAUCUUCCUCGUCAACGCAUGCAAGGGCGAUGCAAAGAUGGAAACUGAUUAUGUACUCACAGCAACCAACAAGUUCGAUAUCUUGAAGUGUUUCAGCACUUAUGAGGGUACCGUUUCAUUUAGAGACGAAACGAGCGGUACAACGUUUAUUCAAACGUUUUUUAAACUCAUCGAAAGGACUCACGGAAUGGAAGUUUUAGAAAUAAUGCGGCUUUUGCGAAACCAUUUUAGCGAUGCAAGGGUCGGACAGGCUCCUACUGACACGUCCACGCUAACGAAACAAUUCUAUUUCAGUGAUCUUAAGAGAUGAUGCACAGACAUACCACAUUGAACAUCAAAUUCAUCGUCGUUCAAACACUAACGACAUCUGUUGAUUUCAGUUAGUUGUGCAAAUCACGAACCAGAUGGCGGCAGUGAGCAAACGUCAAACUCGAGCAAAAACGUGGCGCGUGCCACGAGUUAGCGAUUGACGAGGGUUAUGUUUGUUUGUCUGUGGAUGAUGAUUUAUUAGCACAAAUAUUGAAAACUGAUGAUGAUUUAUUAGCACAAAUAUUAAAAAUUGAAAACUUCAUUACACCUAUUAUGUGAGCGAGAUUAAAAACAGAUCCAUCAAAAAUGUAUUAUAAGUUCAUAGGUAGAUUGCUUAAAAAAAUUAGGUCCUUUUUGAAAAUAAAAAACCAAUUCAAAAA